GUGCCUUCUAUUUUUCUACCAAUCAAAUCAUCAUACAUAUGACCUUGUCAUACGUUUUGCCAAUCAUCCAUUAUUUGCUAGGACCAGACAUCUAAUAUGUUUCAUUGUUCAUCAAUAUCGAUCAUAAGUAGUCACGUUGAUGCCAGAAAGUUCACCUGUUAAUAAACCACUUUUACUUAAAGGUGGAACAAUUGUAAACCAUGAUGUGACUUUCAAAGCAGAUGUAUUGAUUAAUGAUGGAAUUAUACAGGCUAUUGGCGAAGAGCUUGCUUGUCCAAGUGACACUAGAGUUGUCGAUGUAAGUGAUAAAUUACUGUUGCCCGGUGGAGUUGACUUGGAUUGUCAUAUCGGUGUAGCAGAUUCAUUCGAUCCUGUGGCUGAUACUUAUGUGUCUGCUGGAAAGGCAGCUCUUCUUGGUGGUACAACUACAAUCGUAAACACAAUCAAUGCUCACCCUGAUCGUUCGCUCAUAUCUACCUACGAGCAAUUUCUAUCUUCAAUCCAAGGACACAUAGGAUGUGAUUAUAGUGUAUGUUUUCAGCUGGCUAGUUUCUCACCAGAAACAGAAAAAGAACUUGUUACUUUAGUUCAAUGUAAAGGAGUAGUACUAUAUUCUGUUCGUUUGGGAUCAAAAUUACUGCCUGUCAAAAAUGAUGAACAGUGUAUCAAUGAAGAAGAAUUUUACAAUCUCCUGAAGUCAUGUCGACAACUAGGUGCGUUACCAAUCCUUGAAGCUACUGUUUCAGUGUCAUUAUCACAAAAACUGUCCUCUGAACUACAAGACGAUUGUCCUAAUAUUGGUCCUGAAGUGCAUUCGUUAAAUUCUCCUGAGCAAGCGGAAGCAAAUACAAUAUUACAAGGUUCUUUAUUCUCACAAUAUGCCGGAUUUUGUUGUCCUCUAUUAAUUUCCAGAAUUCAUAGCGAAGCUGCUCUGCGAUGUUUUAUUGAACAACGUCGUAUGUGUAGAGGCUUGCUCUAUGGACAGACUAGUGUAUCAGCCAUUGCAGCUCCGCUUGUUGCAAUAAAUUCUAAUGACUGUGCGAAUGGUGUAUUCACUAACUCAAAGGAUUGGGCUACGGCUGCUAGCUAUGUGAACUGUCCACCGUUAAGACCGGAUGUUCAGCUCAGUCAGAGACUACUCACUCAUCUCGUAUCUGAAGACCUAGUAUCUGUUGGUUCAGGUCAUCGAGCUAUAACUACUGCAGUGCGCGCAGCUUUCGGUUUGAAAAACCCUCUGAAAAUACCUCAUGGUAUUGCAGCUUUAGGUUGUCGAAUGAUUGUUCUUUGGCAUCAUGGAGUGGAAAGUGGGUCUUUAGAUCCUUGCACAUUCGUUAAAGUAACCAGUACCAAUCCUGCGCGGUUGAUGAAUCUGUAUCCUCAGAAAGGUAGAAUAGCAGUUGGUUCUGAUGCCGACAUUAUUAUUUGGUCGAAUUCUUUUAAACAAGAAAAUUUCAAAAACAUUUUUCCUAACGAUGUGCCCAACAUAUUUACUGUUACUACUUCAAGUUAUCAAUCAGGUCCAGAGAUGGUUUUAUUACGGGGUCGUAUUGUGGUCGAAAAUAAUGAACUUUUAGAUGAUGCUUGUUGUGGUACUUUGCUUACUUCGCAACCUUUUUCCCAGUAUGUUUAUGGUCGGGUGAAUGCUGUGGAAAAAAGUGUAAACUCUGAAUAUACACCACUGUCGCGUGAACCAUAUAUGGGAAAUGUAGCUACUGAUGCCUCUGUUGAUAAUUCAGGAGAUCACUCUAAAGAAGGUUACUAUUUUCGAAAGGAAUAUUUUGACAAUAUGCCUAAAGAAGCACUACCACCUGGUCAAAGAAAAAUACAUACAUCAGUGAAAACAGCUCAACCUCCUGGAGGUUCAUCGAAUGCAUUUUGGAUGAAUGAAUAAACAGCAGUGGAUUUAAAUUUAAUCAAUUCCUUUUUACUGUGAACUGUAACUGACUGCAUUUCUCUUCGGCUUUCAUUCACUGUCAGGUCUUAAAUUCUCUCUCUUUGAAUAUCGAAAUAAUUUUUAGCAUUCUGUAAUGUCCAUUUAAUCAUUUUAUAAUACACGAAAGUUAUUUAUUUUAA